AUGACCAGACAAGAUCACGUUGUUGAUGUUCUCGUUAUCGGUGCUGGCCCCACUGGGCUAGGAGCCGCAAAGCGCUUGCACCAGAUCAAUGGGCCAUCUUGGAUGAUUAUUGAUGCAAAUGAGACUCCCGGGGGAUUGGCCUCCACCGACGUGACUCCAGAAGGAUUUCUGUACGAUGUGGGUGGCCAUGUCAUCUUCUCCCACUACAAAUACUUUGACGAUUGCAUUGAUGAGGCGCUCCCAGCAGAGGACGACUGGUAUACCCAUCAGCGCAUUUCGUACGUCCGCUGCAAGGAGCAAUGGGUUCCGUACCCCUUCCAGAAUAACAUCUCGAUGCUUCCGAAGGAGGAACAGGUUAAAUGCAUGGACGGCAUGAUCGAUGCUGCCCUGGAGGCCCGAGUCGCCAAUACGAAGCCAAAGACGUUUGACGACUGGAUCGUCCGGAUGAUGGGAACUGGUAUCGCGGACCUGUUCAUGCGGCCAUACAACUUCAAAGUCUGGGCGGUGCCAACCACAAUGAUGCAAUGCGCGUGGCUAGGUGAGCGUGUCGCCGCACCGAACCUCAAAGCGGUGACCACCAAUGUCAUUCUGCAGAAGACAGCCGGCAACUGGGGUCCCAACGCAACCUUCCGCUUCCCUGCCCGUGGCGGUACCGGCGGCAUUUGGAUCGCCGUCGCGAACACCUUGCCUAAAGAGAAGACACGCUUCGGUCGCCACGGUGCCGUUACAAAGGUUGAUGCGGAGAAUAAGACAGUUACUCUGGGUGACGGUAGCAGAGUCAGGUACAAGCGGUUAGUUUCCACCAUGGCCGUGGACUCGCUGGUUGAACGGAUGGGCAACCAAGAGCUAGUCGAUCUUUGCAAGGGCCUUUUCUAUUCGUCUACCCAUGUCAUUGGUGUAGGGAUUCGCGGCGAACGGCCAGAACGGAUUGGUGAUAAAUGCUGGCUGUAUUUCCCCGAAGACAAUUGUCCGUUUUAUCGCGCUACCAUUUUCUCCAACUACUCUCCCUUCAAUCAACCUGACGCUUCGAAAUCAUUGCCCACGCUUUCUUUUGCAGAUGGCACCGUUCCUGAUGGAAAUGCCAAACCACAACCAGGACCAUACUGGUCCAUCAUGCUUGAAGUUUCCGAAUCCCGCAUCAAACCAGUCAACAAUGAUACUUUGUUGGCCGAGUGUAUCGAGGGGCUGGUCAACACUUCAAUGCUCAAACCUACCGAUGAAAUCGUCUCUACAUAUCACCGUCGCUUUGACCACGGCUAUCCUACCCCUACACUCGAGCGAGAGGGUGUUCUUACGAAGCUUCUUCCUCGCCUGCAGGACAUGGGCAUCUAUUCGCGUGGCCGCUUCGGUAGCUGGCGCUACGAAGUUGGCAAUCAAGACCACUCCUUCAUGCUGGGAGUGGAAGCGGUGGAUAACAUCAUCAAUGGAGCAACAGAGCUGACGUUGAAUUACCCUGAUUUUGUGAAUGGACGAGCCAACAACGAGCGGAGACUUGUGGAUGGCGCGCAGGCGUUUGCUAAGGAGUUGGAGAUCAGAAACUAA